GGCUAGCGCCAUCUGUGUGCGCGUGAGUGGCGACGAGAAGGAAGGGUAGCGCGAACGUGAGUGAGGGACGGAGUUGCUUUAGUUUAUUCACUUCGGCGAGGCUCGCGCGGCGCCGCACGGCAUUUACUGGUAUGGAUUUGUAAUCUCUGUCUCGAGAGGGUCCGUUCACAUGGGAUUUUGUUGUGUCACGGUCUCGUAAAACAAAGGCUCGCGCCAUGCAGCAUGCACAGUGUUUCUGUAGCUAAGCGCAGAUGGCCGAGCUGCAGGCGUCCGGGACGGUAACGGGACCCUUUCACGAGCUGCCUUCACCGUCUCAGCACGCGGUAGAGAUAACGGCGCGGAACAAGACGGAUGCUGCUCUCGCGCUGCCCGGCGCGGGGACGCACCUGGACGCGUCGGCCGCCACCCCGGCCGGUAGUGCCCCGGGGUUCGGGCCCGAGGGGACGUGUUCUACCGGCAGCCCCGCACUCGGCAGCCGGAGCCGCGACAGCUCCGCGGAGAGGAGCCGGGCCGGCGGAAAUGCCCCGUGCGGCAUUAUGAAGAACAGCUCCAAGCAGCGUCAGGUGAGGAAGAAGACGGUCUCCUUCAGCUCCAUGCCGAGUGAUCGGAAGAUGAACAGCACUGCGGCCUGCAUGGCCUUCAUGCUGGAGGGGUGCGAGAUGAAGAAGGUGCGUUCCAACUCGCGCAUGUACAGCCGAUACUUCCUGCUGGACCCAGACAUGCACUGGCUGCGCUGGGAGCCUUCCAAGAAGGACUCGGAGAAGGCCAAGCUGGAGAUCAAGAGCAUCAAAGAAGUCCGUCUAGGGAAGAAGACCCCUGUCUUACGGAGCAACGGCCUGUCUGACCAGUUCCCAGAUGAGUGCGCCUUCUCCAUCAUUUACGGCGAAAACUAUGAGUCUCUGGAUUUGGUGGCGAGCACAGCAGACGUGGUCAGCACCUGGGUGAUGGGGCUGCGCUACCUGGUCUCAUACGGGCGACACACGGUGGGCGUGGUGGAACCCAACCAGCCUAGCGUCAGGACGUCCUGGAUUGGCUCUGUGUUUGAGCUGGCUGAUGUCGAGAGGCAGGGACACAUCGACGUGCUCCGUGCUACACAGAUCAUAAAGGGGCUUAAUCCAGGCAUGAAGGAGUCUCGUAUUGAACUAAAAUUCAAAGAACUUCAGAAGGCCAAAGGUCGCUACGGCGAGGGGAUCGAUCCAGACACGUUCGUGGAAGCGUACUGUGAGUUGUGCACCAGACCCGAGAUCUUCUUCCUGCUCGUGCAGUUCUCCAGCAACAAGGAGUACCUGGAUUCCAAGGACCUGAUGCUGUUUGUGGAAGUCGAGCAGGGCGUGGAGGGCGUGACAGAGGACAUGUGUCGUGAAAUUGUGCGAAAGUACGAGCCUUCGGCAGAAGGACGUGAGCAUGGCUAUCUGUCCAUCGAUGGCUUCACACACUACCUCCUGUCUCCCGAGUGUCACGUUUUCGACCCGCAGCACAAGCGCGUGUGUCAGGACAUGUCACAGCCCCUAUCCCACUACUACAUCAGCUCAUCGCACAACGCUUCCCUUCUGGAGGACCACCACUGGGGCUCGUCGGACCUCAGCAGCUACGUCCGGGCCCUGCGCAUGGGCUGCCGCAGCUUGGAGGUGGUGGUGUGGGAUGGACCCGACUGUGAGCCCGUGGUCUACGUGGGCAGCUCAGUGGCAUCACAGCUGGCCUUCUACAAAGUCCUGGAGGUCAUUAACCAAUACGCCUUUGACAGCUCAGAGUACCCACUGAUCCUGUGCUUGGUGACGCACUGCAGCGUCCCUCAACAGAGAGUCAUGGUCCAGCACAUGAAGAAGAUCCUUGGGGAGAAGCUGCACACAGAGCUUCCCAGCACAAACCAGCAUUACCUUCCAUCACCUGAGAAGCUGAAGGGCAAGAUCCUCCUCAAGGGGAAGCGUCUCCCGCCUGACACCCAGGAUUCCGAGGGGGAGGUGACUGAUGAGGAGGAGGGGCUUGAGAUGGCGCGGCACAUGGUUGGCGCAGAUGAGAAGGACCAGCUCAACGGCAUCGGCUGCAAGCAUCUGCGACUGUACAGGGAGCUGUCCGACCUCAUCACCCUUUGCAAGUCCAUCCAGUUCCGAGACUUUGAGUCAUCCAAGAGAGAGCAGAAGCACUGGGAGAUAUGUUCCUUUAACGAGGUGGAUGCUAACCGCUUUGCUAAUGAGUUCCCUGAGGACUUUGUCUGCUAUAACAAGAGGUUUUUGUCUCGGGUGUAUCCCACCCCCAUGCGUAUUGAUGCCAGCAACAUGAACCCUCAGGACUUCUGGAAAUGCGGCUGCCAGAUUGUGGCUAUGAACUACCAGACACCAGGGCUCAUGAUGGACCUUAACCUGGGCUGGUUCAGACAAAACGGCAACUGCGGGUAUGUGCUCCGCCCAGCCAUAAUGCGGGAAGAGGUCUCAUAUUUCAGCGCCAACGCUCGUGACUCCUUGCCUGGUGUCUCCGCCCAGCUAUUGCACAUCAAGGUGAUCAGCGGCCAGCACCUUCCGAAACCCCGGGGUUCAGCCGCCAAGGGUGAUGUGGUAGAGCCGUACAUCUAUGUGGAGAUCCACGGCAUCCCUGCCGACUGCGCCGAGCAGCGCACAAAGACCGUGACGCAGAAUGGUGACAAUCCCAUCUUUGAUGAAAGCUUUGAGUUCCAGAUCAACCUGCCUGAACUGGCAAUUCUGCGCUUUGUGGUCCUUGACGAUGACUAUAUUGGGGACGAGUUCAUUGGCCAGUACACCAUUCCGUUUGAGUGCUUGCAGCCUGGUUAUCGGCAUGUUCCACUGCAGUCACUCACGGGGGAGUUCUUGCCUAAUACCACGUUGUUUGUUCAUGUGGCCAUUACAAAUAGGCGUGGAGGGGGCAAAGGUCACAAGAGGGGUCUUUCUGUGAGAAAGGGGCGAAAGGCAAGGGAGUACACUUCCACUAAGACCACUGGGAUCAAAGUGGUAGAUGAACUCUUCAGGGCUUCCACGCAGCCACUAAGAGAGGCAACAGACUUGCGGGAAAAUGUGCAGAAUGCCAUGGUGUCGUUUAAGGAGCUGUGUGGCCUGACUCCGGCGGCUAACAUGAAGCAGUGCAUCCUGGCCGUGUCAUCCUGGCUACUGCACAGUGAGCGUGCGGAGCGUGUGAGUGUGAACCUUAGUGAGGUUUACCCCAGUAUGGAGGCACAGGGCCCUGUACCGGAGCUGCUCCGCAAAGUGCUGACCGCCUACGACACGAUGAUCCAGACGAGUCGCACUCUGAUUGAAUCAGCAGAAACUGUGUAUGCCAAACUCACACAAGCGCAACGGGCAGGCUUGGACUUCCACGAGGACCUGCACCGCAUUGGCGCCAAGGAGGGUCUCAAGGGCAGGAAGCUGCAGAAGGCCAUGGAGAGUUAUGCCUGGAACAUUACGGUUCUCAAGGGUCAAGCAGACCUGCUGAAGCAUGCUAAGGGAGAGGCUGUGGACACUGUGAGGCAGAUCCACUGUGCUGCUCACUCCAGUGGCCUGGCCAAGAACGGUGCCGCCACGCUGCCUGCCCCACCCCUGCUUCCCCCUCACCCACGCCAACUUUGCCCCUUGCACACCAUCCCUGAGAUAGAGCCCCAUGAGGCAGACACCAGCGCCCCUUGCUGACAUACAUGCAGAAGCACACAGAGACAGCGAGAGAGAGAGAGAGAGAAGAACAGACAGGGGAAUCUUCAGGCUCACAGGACAGAAAGCUUUCCAAGAGGGGAGUUGGAGGAGAGGGAAUUUAAAGAACAGACUGGAAUUGGUCAGUGUCUAUUUCUGUCUGGCUGGCAGUGAUUUCUCAUGAGGCACUAGCCAUUACCCACAAUUCCCUGCUGAGGGCUGAAGAGUGUAUACACUGCAGACGACUCCACCGGCAUGUACCGCUAGGACCUGACAGGCAGUGCUAGUGAAACCAUAACAGCUUAGAUUAGACCAAACAGAGCUCUGAACCCACACAAGCAUGUGACAUCACGGCAUCUCCACACUCGUCCUCACUGAUCUGUGCAUAUCGUAGGCUAAUGCUUCAGGCCCAGUUUAACCCACCACUGUACCCCAGGCCCUAUCCCUAACCCUAAUCUAUGGAAUCCAAGGCCCUAACCCUAAACCUAAUCUGGUGGAUCCUGCUUUCUGGCCAUCUGUAUUGCACCACUGUGGCCUGACAGACUGCAGGACCAUUUCAGCUGUGUGGACCAGAAAAAUUCCCCCAGGCUCUGAGCUGAACACAACUGCUGUGUGGAUGAGGAGAGAGCUACACGUGCAGACGAGAGUACGUGAAGAAACAAGAGACUUCAGUACAGACGUACCUCCUUAAACACACACUCAUAUAUACACACAAACACACUGACACACACAACCACACACACACACACACACACACACACACACACACUCACUCUCUGUGUGUGUUGUGCCUUCUCCUGCUCAUCUGAGUGAUAUCUGUCACUUUUAUACACGUAAACCUUUCACACUGGACGUUUAACCAGGGACGCAGCGUUUGAAAGUGUCUGCGUGCGUGCGUGAGAUCCGUCUGUGUUUUACGUUGGCAUACUUUAAACUGGAACUUGGACUUUGAAAAUGAGACUUGGAAAAUCAGAUUACUGCAGAGAACUGAGAAGACUUUGCUUUGAAUAAAACUUAAAACAGCACUGAGAUUCACACAAGCAAAUAAACAAUAAAUGAAAUAAAUAAUUUUAGGACUAACUUUCCAGUCUAGGUUAGCACACUUCACAACACAGAAACACUGUUUGUGAAUGAAGUAAAUACUGUAUUCACUACUGUUAUUAUUGUGAGUAGAUAUAAUUGAUAUUGCAGUUAUUUUAUAAUAAUGUACAUACACAAUGAUGUCAUAUUGUAACCUGUGGUUCGUUUAGCUGAGAAUGGAAAAGGUGAAAGGUUAUAGGGAA